AUGCGUAAAGUGUAUCUAAUCCUACUAGCGGUCUUUGUGGGCGUGAUCAGGGCACAACCUUACGAGGCAUACCCUGCCAGCAAGCAAUACCCCCCCAUCGCGCAGCCUGGCGAAGAGUAUUGGUUCCAGCUUUCAAAUGACACGUAUAAGUCGAGCAGCAGUGGCAGCUCGCAAAUAGUUUAUGAGGCUUUCUCGCUGCCCUCGUGGCUCAGUUUCGAUUCUUCAGAGCGCGUUCUAUCAGGCACUCCAUCGGAGGAGGACAUGUCCAGCGCCAGCGAUGUGAACUACUUUAGUUUCGUGCUGCAGGGUACAGACGCUUCAGACGGACAAUCCCUAAACAAGACUUAUCAAUUGGCCCUUAGCAACAAGACGGCGCCCGAGGUGUCCUCCAGCUUCAAUCUGCUCAGCUUGUUGAAGUUGAGUGGUUAUACAAAUGGGAAGAAUGGACUCAAACUCAGCCCCGGUGAAGUCUUCAAUGUAACAUUUGACAGAGACACUUUUACGAACGAGGACUCAAUCGUGGCAUUUUACGGGCUUUCCUCUCGUUACCACGCGCCUCUCCCUAGUUGGCUGUUCUUUGACUCAAGCAGUCUGAAAUUCAGUGGCACUGCCCCAGUGGUCAAUUCAAAUAUUGCUCCGGAACUGGACUAUAACUUCUCCCUCAUCGCUACUGAUAUCGAAGGUUAUACUGCAGCUGAAGUGGUAUUCGAAUUGGUUAUUGGGGCUCACCAAUUCACCACAUCUAUUCAAAAUACGCUAAUCGUUAAUGUGAGUGACUCUGGUAGCUUCAGUUAUGACAUUCCUCUCAAUUACAUCUUUCUUGACGAUGACCCUGUUUCCACGUCAAACAUCAGCUCUGUUGAGCUCUUGGAUGCCCCCAGCUGGGUCAACAUUGACAAUUACACGUUGUCCGGUACUAUGCCAAGCACCAACUCGACUGGUAAUUUCAGUGUUGCCAUAUAUGAUAUAUUCGACGACGUGAUCUACUUGAAUUUUGCAGUUGAAUCAACUCAAAAACUGUUCGCUGUCACCUCACUUCCUGGAGCAAAUGCCACACGGGGCGAAUGGUUUCAAUAUGCUCUUUUACCAUCCCAGUUCACAGAUUAUGAUGGUACCACUGUUUCCGUGGAUUUUUCAAAUAGUUCCGCCUCUUCUUGGUUGCAUUUUCAAAGCAGUAACCUAACACUAAGCGGUAAGGUCCCAGACGAUUUUGAUUCCCUCGACGUCGGGGUGACUGCAGAGCAAGGAUCCAGAAGUCAGGAACUAUCCUUUAAAAUUCGUGGAAUCGACUCAAAGGUGCAUACGUCUUCGAGCUCGUCUCAUUCAUCCUCAUCAACCAAAACAACUUCAUCUGCUACAGGCACACAUGCUUCAGCAACAGCCUCUUCGACAACUUCAUCUUCCGCAACAACAACAGCACCGGCUGCCGUUGUUGGGAAGAGCAAAAAGAACAAUCACGCAGUUGCAAUUGCAUGUGGCGUUGCAAUUCCAGUGGGUAUAAUUCUUCUACUCCUUCUCAUUUUCUUACUAUGGAGGCGAAAGAGAAACCAAGGCGAUCAAGAUGACAAUGAAAAAUCACCCAAGAUUAGCAAUCCGAAGCUGGGGAAUCCCUCAAAUAACCCCAAUGGUCUUGGAGCUGUAUCUCCAUUCGGCGAUGAAAAUUCACUUGAUGAUAGCUCUACUGCUAAAAGACUAGGAGCUCUCAAUGCAAUGAAAUUAGAUGAAGGUCAUAGUUCUGGAUCCGAAGGUUCAACUUUUGAAGAGAAAUUGGAUUCUAUGACAACAAAUUCUUCCUCUUCUGACAUGUAUCACGAUGCAUUGCAAGCUGGGAGUAGAGAAGCUUUGCUGCCUGGACUUCCAAAUGAUGAAUACUUUGACACUAAUAAUCGAACUUCGUCAGUAUACUUUAACAGCGAACCUACAAAUCGUAAGUCUUGGAGAUUUUCAACGGCGGGGGCGCAAGAUUCAGACAACGUGAGAGAGAGUUACAACUCGCUAAACACUGUGAGUACUGCUGAACUCCUAAAUACCCAAAUUGCAGAGAAUAAAACACUUCCGAAAGAUCCUCGUAAAUCAUCAUUCGGUUUAAGAGACUCGGUCUUCUGGAAAAGUACUGAUUCCGGGGUUGCAAGUCCGAGAAACACUAAGCCUUUUAGUCCUGGUGGUCCUCGCUACACUACAAAUAACCUAUCUGUAGGCAGCACACCUGCAAAGCGCAUGGGCCACCGUCCGGAUCAAAAUUCAUUCAAUUCACAGACAUCGACAAGUAGUUCUGAUGACUUUAUACCGGUAAAACAAGGUGACAAAUAUGAAUGGGUAGAGAGGAACGCUUCAGGCGUUUUGACACCAACGAGGAAGAGGAGUAUCAAAAAAUUAGUCAAUCUUCCAAAUAAAAGUGGAGUUGGCGUAUGUGAUGCUAACGAUAUUCAAGGACAUGAACCCGAAAUGGAAUAG